AUUGCAGCAAAUCUGCUCCUCUUCAUGGAGGAAGAAGCCGCCUUCUGGAUGAUGUGCUCCAUAAUUGAGGACAUCCUGCCGCCCUCCUACUUCUCUGCGGACAGUCUGAUGGGUGUGCAGGCCGACCAGCGCGUCCUCGGUGAACUCAUCUCUGUCUUUAUGCCCCGCCUUGAAGGCAUCAUUCAGGAGCACGAAGUCGACCUGGCCCUCAUUACUCUCGGCUGGUUCUUGACCCUGUUCUCUGGUGUUUUGUCAAUGCGCAUCAUGCUUCGGGUCUGGGACUUACUCUUCUAUGAAGGCUCAACGGUGCUCUUCCGCGUGGCUUUGGCGAUACUAAAACUAAAUGAAGAAGUAUUGCUUGAAACCAAAAAUACAGCGAGUUUCUUUAACGCCGUCUCCGCGGCUCCGGCAUCUAUUACCGAUGUGGCCGAGCUGUGUAAGGUCGCAUACUCCUUUGAGGAUGAGUAUCUUGACCAGACUUAUAUUGAUGGCCUGCGAAGGCAUCAUCUCUCGCAGCUACUGGUGGAAAUAAGCUCUACACAGUGUCUUGCUCCCGUGAAGCCUUUGCCUAAACAGGUAAGCUUGCAGCACGCAUAUUCCUUUUUCACCCGCCGGCUCAUAUGUGCAAUUUGGGUCCCAUUCUGUUUCUGA